AUGGCUUCAACUGCUGAAAACCCGGAAGUUCAAGAGUCUGCCAGUCAACCCUUGUCAAAGAAAGCUGCCAAGAAGGGGGAGAAGCAGCUAGAGAAAGAGCGUAGGAAAGCCGAAAGAGCUGCGCAGGAGGCUGCUGCGCGAGCUAGCCGUGAAGCAGCUGAGAACUAUGGUACCGAAAACUAUGGCAAGAAGCCUAUGAACCAGUCUCAAGAACGAACCGGAGAUAAAAGAACGCGCAUCAAUGAGAUCAAUAAGAGCCGGAUAGGGGAAACUGUCACCAUACGCGCUCGUGUUCAAACUUCUCGGGCAACGAGUGCAAAACUCGCAUUCUUCGUCUUUCGUCAGCAAAAUAGUACAAUCCAGGGCGUGCUGACUCUUGACAAACAAGUCGUCAGCAAGAAUUUUGUAAAAUUUGCGUCGAGUGUGCCAGAUGAAUCAAUUGUCGUUAUCGAGGGGGUUGUGAAUAAGCCAGUCGACGAGAUUAAGAGUUGUACUGUUUCGGAUGCCGAAUUACAAAUAAGAAAGUUCUUCGUUAUAAGCGAGGCGACCGAGCGACUUCCAUUUUCUCUCGAAGACGCCUCGAGACCUGAGGCCGAGAUAUUGGCAGGAGAACACAGCCGUGUAUUAUUAGAUACUCGAUUAAACAAUCGCGUUAUCGACCUUCGAACCGUAACAAAUCAGGCGAUAUUUCGUAUUCAAUCCGGUGUAUGUCAACUAUUUCGGGAAUUUUUGUUAAAGAAAAGCUUUAUUGAAAUCCAUACACCAAAAAUUAUUAGUGCUGCCAGUGAAGGCGGUUCCAACGUGUUUUCCGUAAAGUAUUUCAAGGGUGAAGCUUAUCUUGCGCAGUCACCGCAACUCUACAAGCAGAUGUGCAUAUGUGCUGACUUUGAGCGAGUAUUUGAGAUUGCACCAGUCUUUCGAGCUGAAGACUCUAAUACCCAUCGUCACAUGACGGAAUUUGUGGGUCUUGAUCUGGAAAUGGCAUUCGAGGAGCACUAUCAUGAGGUUCUGGACUUGCUUGGUGAGCUAUUUGUUUUUAUUUUUGACGGAUUAAAGACUCGCUUUGCUGCGGAGAUCGAAACGGUGAAGCGACAAUACCCGUUUCCUGAUUUUCAAUACAAUCCGACGGCAAGAAGAUUGGAGUAUAAAGACGCUGUGAAAUUGUUGAGAGAAAACAACGUAGAAAUAGGUGACUUUGAAGAUUUAAGCACUGAAAAGGAACGAACAUUAGGAAAACUAGUGAAAGAAAAAUACGGCACCGAUUUUUACAUACUCGAUAAGUUUCCGUUGGCAGUCAGACCUUUUUAUACGAUGCCUGAUCCUAAAGAUUCGAACUAUUCAAAUUCAUACGACUUCUUUAUGCGUGGAGAAGAAAUACUCUCUGGUGCCCAACGUAUUCACGAUGCGGCCUUUUUAGAGGAACGGGCGAAAAUACACGAUAUUGAUAUACGAACAUUGCAACCAUACAUUGAUGCUUUCAAAAAGGGUGCACCGCCCCAUGCUGGCGGUGGAAUAGGAUUGGAACGUGUUGUGAUGUUGUAUCUGAACCUUGGCAACAUUCGUAGAACUUCCCUAUUCCCGCGUGAUCCGAAGCGUCUGGACCCAUAA